AUGUGUCGUUCCCCAAAUCACCUAGAGUUCAAGGCUCUGCAAGUCACUCUUUUCAAAUACCGGGGUCUAGCGAUUCGCUCCCUAAAAGACGAAAUCAAAGAGGACAGUGAAUACAAACAAACUCUUCUUCUGACUGGAAUUUUGUGUCUUCUCCAUGUUGAUGGCUUUCUGUCCACCUUUAGAUUACACCUUGAGGGAGCUCGAAGAAUCAUUAUGGGGUGCAAUGGCGUGCGCUCGAUAAUUAGCUUGCCUGGUAUGAUUCCCGUUAUUCUUGAUUAUAUUUUCUUGGUAACUAUGGGCGACACGUCCUCUCCUACAUCGGGACUGCUCGUGGGAACCUUACCAAUUGAGGAUAUCGAGUUUAUAAUUUUGGAAUACGGUGAAAGUGGCUUUGCAUUCCGAAUGUGCCCCCCACCACUAUUGGUAGAGGUCCUUAAAAUUAAUCAGUUGAGGAAUAAAGCAUCUCGAGAGUUGGCAGAAUGGAAGGACCUCCGCUGUGAGACUUUCGAACUUCUGUGCAGACUGAACCGAUUUUCUGCCAAGGAGUGGGUCAUGGCCAAUGAUGCUUUGGAUGAAGGCUUCGAGCACGUGGUGAACAUGUUUCAGGCCACGGUCUCCCUUUACUGCAUAUCCUCUCUUCAGGAUUGCAAAAUCUUGCCAGAGUCUUUUUCAUUGAGCAGCAUCUGCCUCACACUGCGUGAUCUCGUUUACGAGCUUGUUCGCAAAGUACUCGCGUGCUUCGGCGUUGCUGGGUCUGGAUGUCUGGUCUGGCCCCUCAUGGUGCUGGGAGUGCAAGCAGUGGGUGAGGGGUGUCGAGAAAUUCGUAGGUUUGUAUGUGAAUCUCUCACAAAUCAAGGACUAAACAGUGGUACAUAUGCGCCUCUGGCGUUACGGGAGGUCCUUGAAGCAUUUUGGGCAUCUGGUAAGACCGGUUGGGGGUCUUGUUUCGACAAGCCAGCCAUAUUUACGGCGUUAAUUACGGUGAAUUGUGGCGGUAUACCAUGUGCGUAA